UGUUGGCCAUGGAAUCUCAGGCAGAGGCACUUAAUCAGCUAACCACAGAUGAUCUUGAAGGAAAGUUUCAAAUGCUAGAGAGCUCUUCAGUUGAUGAUGAUCUUGCCAACUUGAAGAAAAAACUAUCUGGAAGCACAAAGAAAGGAGAGCUUCCACCUGGGAGGAUACCCUUUGCCAGCACAAGCGCUGCAUUUCCUCUUCGAGAUGCUGAGAUUGAGAAAGAGCUGAAUGAAUUAAGGAGAAAAGCCAACGAAUUCUAG